UCUUCGGCAAGGACAGAAGUCGUGGUAGGCUUUAAUGCAUUGAUGGAUCAGCGCCAGAGGCUAUGCCCGACGCUGGAGAACGGCACCAAUGGAUGUCCGAUAUCGGCGGAUUCAGACGUGUCAAUUCAGCAGUCGUUUACACUGCCGGCAACGUCAUUACCGCUUGGAGAUAUCAUUACUCGCUAUUCGACAUUAACAGCAAACAGCCGAGAAUGGAUCUGCGUAACCAUGGCGCCAGUUGGCUACGAGAAUCCAGCAUGGAAGAUGGUGUUUACCUACGUUCCCGUCGCUUUCACAGUAUUCGCAGCGCUGAUUUCAUUUUUUGCAUCGUUUGCGACGGUAUCCGAAGCUGAGCACGACGUAUUUCUGUUUACAUCCAACUACGCCAUGUUACCAGCAGCAUUACGACUGAAAUCGCCCGGGUUUUUUGACCUCAUCUACUAUGCGCAGUUCAUUACGCUGACGGGCUUGCUCAAUCUAGAAUAUCCGGAAUUCUAUCAGUUGUUUGCUUCCAACUUUGCAUGGAGCUUUUUGCUGUUUCCAGUACAAUGGCUCCGCAAUGUCAACGACUCCAUUUUCCCUUAUGAUUCACCCGUUUCGGUGCAGCAGCUACAAGUAGAGCGACCUGUCACGGUAGAAGGACAUGGCAUAACGAGCUUUGCUAAUGCCUUGGAUAUUGACGUAAACAUUCUCUUUCUGACAAGUUUCAUUUUCAUGCUGAUUAUCCUGGCAGGAUGUCUCGCCCUUUGUUUCCUCAUUUGGAUGGUUGUACAGGUCAUGAGCUGGCAGGCGCCACAUCGCUAUGCUGCACAGACGCCUAAAAUCAUCAACUUUACAAUAGGUAUGUGGUUAGACGGAUCAUUGGGCUUGCUGAGAGAGAGAGAGAGAGAGAGAGAGAGAGAGAGAGAGAGACUGUAA